UGCCAGCACGUCAAGAGUCCAUGGCUGAUCCGCCUCAUCCUGAGCCACCACCGCCGGUAUCCCCGACGCCGCCAGCCGCCGCCACGGCGGCGGCAAGAGGCGAAGGGGCGCUGUCGCCCCUGUCGGGAUGUUACCUGCUCAUCGUGGUAUCGGACCCGCAAUCUAACCGCCACAAAGACACCAUCCUGAGUAAAAUCACUAAAGGGUUUUUGUCGUGGGACGAAGAGAAGUCUCAUCUCGACAUCCACAAGGAGCUGAAGCUUCUAGCCGAACUCAACUUGGAAGGUGAAGAACAAAAAGGAGGAGAACGCUUGGUGCAGUACGCCAACGAGCACAUGGUCGUGGAGGUGUUGAUUAAUCCCCAAGUCAACACCGUCCAACAGUGUCUCAAGAACCUGCUCUCCUCCUUCACUAAACACCGACACAUCAUCCAUGCCGGAUACGCCUUCGCUGGUUCUGGCUCGUGGAUGUUACAGGAUGGCACGUUUUCAGUGGCCGAUUUAUUUGCUGCAUUCAACGAGUAUGAAGUACAGAGAGUCUUGCACGCUUAUGAAAGCUGUAUAUCCAUCGACAUUCACUGCGCUGGUGAAGGGAAAUGGACAACAGAGGCGAUGUCACAGGAGUAUUUUAGCAAACAAUGCCAAGUGACAGUAAAUCCAGGAGACAAGAUUGCAGUGACUGAUGGCAUCACAGCAAUUGUCGAAUACAUAUCGAAAUUACUGAUCGUCCAAGACGUGGAGAGCAUCCACGAACCAUCCGACAUCGUCGGUAACAUCAGAUUUACUCGGCCAACCUUGUAUGUGUUUCCCGGUGGACAGGGAGACUCAGCUUUGUUCGGCGUGAACGGCUUCAACAUGCUAGUGGACGGCGGCUACAAUAGGAAAGGCUGCUUCUGGGACUUUACACGCCAUCUUGAUAGAUUAGAUGCUGUGCUAGUCACUCGCCUUAAUAGUUCUAAUGUGAUGGGAAUUGCCAACGUGAUUCGUAGGAAAGCCAUUAGUUCAGUCUAUCCUCAGAUUGGUCACAUCUUUUGUAAUGUCGCCGGAACAAAAUCGUCUCCAGAUGGAGGAAAAGAUGAAGACACUCUUCUUAUCAACAUUUGGGAUGAAGGCCAUUUAAUACGAGAAAAUCUAAGACAGCUUAGCUUGAAGCCGCAUUUAUGUUUUCGUGACAAUGUCAUGGACCCAAUCAACCUCUAUCACAAAGUAGGUCAUGGUAAGCUUGACAUGUAUGUUCUGAAUCCAUCCAAAGACAGCAAAGACGUUCAGUACUUCAUGGAGAGAUGGAACAACGACGUGCGAACGUCUGAUGUCGAGAGUUGCACAUAUACAAUUGGCAACAAAGUUUUUCCGUGUCCCCUAAUGAACGUCAACUCAAUUUGUGCUCUGGUCGUGUGGCAGCCCAACGAUCCCACAGACACAAUAACCAGAAUACUUUUUCCUGGAAGUACUCCUCAGCACAAGGUUUUUGAAGGCCUAGAAAAACUGAAACAUUUAGAAUAUCUCAAAUAUCCAAGAUGUUCUGCGAAGUCUCUCAGGUUAAAGAACGAAGAGAAAAGAAGUAGCAGGUUAGAAAGAUUAACAUCGACGCAAAAAGUGAGUAGAAUUUCUAGUCAAAUCACCACUUUAUCGACAAAAAGUGAACGGGUCUCUAGAUCUGUUAGUAAAGAAGAGAAAAGACGAACUAGAGUAGAAAAAACUGUGAGUGAAUCUAAAACGGGAAAGACAUCGGAAAUUCGACCUGAGCGAGUGAGAAGAAAAAAGAGAAAAGAAAUCGGUGACGAGCCAAAAGAGAAAGCCUACAGUGAGCUACAAGAAACAACUAUUGAUAAAGAAAUUGGCGAACUUGAAUCUGAAGAAGGUCCCGGUAGGCCGGAAUCAUUGCGCGACGCAUCUCCAGAAAAAAUUACAGAUAACAAACUGCAAGAGUCCCCACCUCUUGCAGUAGAUGAGGUCACGGAGGUUCCAAACGAGGAAAUCGAUCAGACCGAGGAGGUCCGUGAGUCAUCCAUGUUGUCUGUCGAGUCUGGGAUUAUCCUGGCGGAUGACCGAGAGUCAUCUCUUGAAAUAGAGCAAACAAAAAGAAUCGAGGAACCAGUAAUUGAAAAAGCACCUGCUAAAGAGGUCAUCAGUGAGAAGGAGAAAGAAAAUGAAAAGAUUAAAAAGAAAUUGCCCCCACAAACCGUUGAAAAGGUGAAAGUCAGUAAACGGCCACGUGUUCAGCCGAGGAUCGAUACGGGCUCUGGCAGAGUAGACACUAAAUACAGACAGGAAAACAGAGUUGAACGAAUCAGGAAGGAGAGCAAACUUAAAAAGGAGGAACCUGUCCCGAGUCAGAAACUUGAGCCAGAAUCAGAAGUGGCACCAGUGGACAAUCGCACAAUAGGAAAAGUAGUUAGAAAAACGAAGAAACCCACUAGUACCGAAGUUGAUCACCAAACCGGAGAAUUAGACGUGAAAGAGGUGAAGAAAACAAGCACCAAACGUGUCGAAAAACGUCAAGUUGAAACAAAGUCAAUGAAGUCAUCUACUGAAAAACAAACUACUGUCAAAAUGAUAUCCGAAAAAUCUCGAAAACGUGAGGCGGAAGAGAAAAAUGUGGCUGCAAAAGCAGCGCGGGAAGAGGCGAAGAAAAGAUCAGCCAUAAAACCGCUCCCGAAAGUUUCCCCUAAGAAGAAGAGACCGGAAACUACACCCAGCAAAAGUUCAGAACCAGUCAAAAAGAUUAUAACUGGAGCAGCAAUGAAAGCUGGGGUGGUUGCUGCCGCUGCCGCAGGAAUCAUCGUCCCUGACAACACCAUGUCAAUGGACCAUGAAGAAAAGGGAAUUAGAGACGAGGAAGACAUCUUAUUGCCAGUAAAGGAUGAUAAUCUAGGACCCGAUAAUGACGAAGAAGACCGAAUCUCAGACAUUGCUAACAUUCCUGGAGUCCAGGAACUGAAAAUAGAAGAUGAGUAUUCCAAUGUGACUGACAGAGAGCUCCUUGAAGAGGAAGAAAAAGAUUCUCUAAUUCUACACGAAGAAGGCGUAAUAGAACAAGUUGAAAGAGAAGAAAUUUCCGACAUUAUUGAAGAAGAUGAUGAUCGCGAUGAAAUCAAGUAUCAGGAAGAAAAGAGAAGCGAAAAUGAUGAGCAGAACCGAAGUAGCCCAAGAACUAGAGAAACCCAACCUGAAUCAGCUUCAAAAGAAGACAAGAGAUUCCAUGGAGUCAUGGCUGAAGAACUGCCUGAUACUGCUUUAAGAUUGCAAGAAAAAGAAGAAAUUUCUCAAGAAGUUCUAAAAUCCUUAGAAAAAGAAGACGACGUGAAAGCUGAAGUAAGCCUUAAAACUGGAUCGUAUAAAAUGGAUCUGGUAGAAGACAGUAAAACCAGAAUAAUUCCAGAAAAUAUUUUAUCUAAACAAAAACUAAAAGACGUCCAAGCAGUUGAUGCGGCAACAAAAAUUUCAAGGCCAGAAGAAGCUGUGGACAAUGAAAUUGAUAAAGACGAUGCUUAUGCGACUCUACCUAGCAGUGCAAAACUCACUGACUACAAAGAUAAAUAUGAAGAGAAACCUGUUAGGGGCCUAUUUGGGUCAUUUGAAACCAUUCAAAGAGCCGAUGAAGAAAUGUGGGAAAAAAGAACGGCUGAAACCGGUGAACACAAAGAACUUCCUUCAUCUCUUCCGGUUAUAACGGAAAAAUCCACAAAACCAUAUUUGCAGCCCAGGGAUGUGAUUAAGACUCCCGACGAAGUUGACGAACUUCCUAUCCAUGAAGAAGUCAUAGAAUCGAUGUUGGAAGACGUCCCAGAACUGCUGGAUGACAGAUCAGAACAUGAAAAUACUUUGAUUACUGAAAAAACAACUCGAGAAUGUGGAUUGGCAUUUGAAAAAACUGGAGCAGCAGACGCAGAAGCUGCAGAAGAGGCUUCACUUGAGUAUGACUUAUUGGAAAGAGUCACUUUAGCUGAUGAUCCUAAUGCCUACCCAAAACAUUUUGAUAUUAAUAUACAUAGAGCUUCAAUAGUAGCCGACGGAUCAGAAACUGAAGAAAGAGAACCGGUUGAUGUAGAGGAAAAAGGUAGCGUGGAAAAAAUGGAAAAAGAGUUGCAAAGCUUGACCGAAGAAGACUCCGAAAAAAAUCUGGAUGAGGUAAACACUGAAAAACAACCAUAUUCCGAUCUAACGAAGAAAAUAACUGAUGAUGCAUUAUCUCCGAAAGAAAAAUUGUUUUCUAUAGACACUUUAUUGGAAAAAGAGGCUGACUCUACGGAGAAUGACAGCCAGAAAGUUGCACACAAGAAGGAAUUUGAUAACGUUGACGUGGAAAUACCGGCACACUCAAAAGUGUCCCAUCAAUUCCAAACUCCAGUGGAAACGGUGACACGAGAAAAAGUCAAACAAUCGGAGGCAGCCGUAUUACCUACACCCGAACUUGACCGCGUUUUACCAAGGGACUCAUCUGAGAAUUCAUAUCAGCUGGACAAGCAAUCUGAUGUAAUAUCGCCGAGGCCUAGUGAAGAAACAAAAUCACCAGUUCCAAUAGCAGAUCGGUAUUCCCCGGAGAUAGAUUCUAUCCAUGUCUCGCCAAAAUCAGAUGAGGGCGCAGAAACGGAACCAGCAGCUCAGUUUUCUCGACAAUUGAGAACGAAAGAUGAAGAUGGAAAACAAGUGAUUCUCGGGGCCAUAAAAUCUGACGAAAUUGAAGAAGUAUCGGAAGUAAUAACAGUGAGAACAGAAAGAUCGGAAACAACUAACGAAUUCACUGAGUCAGCAAAAGAAAUUUCGAAACGUUCAACCAUAUCUGUGACAGAAGGAUCACAUGAUGUUGCAGUAAUUGAAGAAAAAAGUGACUUACUCAUUGUUGAAAAUGUACCAACUGUUCUCAAAUCCUAUGAAUUGCCUUACGAGUCUCCCAAAUCUCUUAUUACGAAGCAAACAGAUUCAGAGAAACCUUCAUUCCAGACGGAUGACAAAGGCACAGAAGAAUCAACUGAUGAAAAAUCUCGACCCGAAGACGAUGAAACGGUCCUUGAUGAAUCAGAUGCGAAAUUAAGAGAAGUACCAACCGAACAGGAAGAAGAAAGAAAACCUGAACCCGCGGAACAGGUUUCACCUAAAUCCGAGGAAGAGACAUAUUCGGAGGAAAAAAUAUUGAGAGACGCAAGAGAAAAACCUCAGGAUGAAAAAGAAGUUGGCGAUGAAGAUAACGAGUUUUCUAAGGUUUCUAGGCCUGUAAGUAUAAGUAAAGUGAGCACAGACGCAACCGAAAUCAAGUCCGAAAUCACAUCGUCUGAAAUCACAUCGGUCACUGUGUCAGAAACAAUCGAAGAAACGUCCGAAGUUACCGAAUCUCAUGAUGUAGUUACCAGUGCAUCAAUGAUUACUCCUAAAUCAGACAAAUCGCCGUCAUCGGUUUUGCCUAAAUUCAUAGCUGAUGAACCUGAGGUAACCGCAAAAGCUUCACCUAAACAGGAUGAAAGCGUUUCACCAAGAGACUUGUCCGGAAAAUCCGAUCAACUGGACAUGCAAUCCGAUGUAGUAUCGUCGAAACCCAGCGAAGAAACGAAGUCACUAGUUCCAACAGCUGAUCAGCUCUCCCCAAAAGUAGAUACUAUCGAUUUUUCGUCAAAACUAGAAGGCGGUGGGAAGGAACCAGCCACUCAAAUUUCUCCUCAAUUGAGCCCAGAAGAAAAAGAUGAAAAAUCAUCUGCCAAAAUUGAAGACAUUUCACCAGUGGUCCCAGAGGACACACAAUCUGACGGAAUUGAAGAGGGUGUAUCGGAAGUAUGUACGGUGAGUGCAGAGGGAAUGGAAUCAACAACAGAAAUCAUCGAGUCAUCGCAAGAAAUUUCGAAACGUUCAACAGCAUCUGUGGCUGAUGUAUCACACGAUGUCACGGUUAUUAAAGAAAAAUGUGACGUUCUCGAUGUUGGAGAUGUUCGAACUGCUCUUAAAUCCUAUGAAUCACCUACCGAGUUACCCAAAUCUCCUGUUACGAAGGAAUCAGAUUCAGAGAAGCAUACAUUCCAGACAGAUGACGAAGGCACAAAACCACCAAUUGAUGAAAGAACUCGACCCGAAAAAGAUGAAGCGGUCAUUGAUGAAUCAGAUGCGAAGUUGAGAGAAGUAUUAACCAAACCUAUAGAUGAGAGAAAACCAGAACCCGCGAAGCAGGUUUCACCUGAAUCCGUGGAAGAGAUAUAUUCGGAGGAUAAAAUAUUGACAGACACUGACACAUGCGAAAAACAUAAGGAUGGCGAAGAGGUUGGCGAGGAAGAUAACGAGUUUUCUGAGGUCUCAAAGCCUGUAAGUGGAGCGAGCACAGAGGCAAAUGAAAUCGAGUCCGAAAUCAUAUUGUCUGAAAUUACUUCGGUCACUUUAUCAAAAACAAUCGAAGAAACGUCCGAAGUUACCGAAUCCCAUGACGUAGAUUCUGAUGCAUUAAUGAUUACUCCUAAAUCGGACAAAUCGCCGUCUACUAUUACGCCCAAAUCCAUAGUUGAUAAACCUGAGGUAACCGCUAAAGCAUCACCUAAACAGGAUGAAAGCGUUUCACCAAGAGACUCGUCCGAAAAAUCCGAUCAACUGGACAUGCAAUCUGAUGUAUCGUCGAAACCCAGCGAAGAAACAAAGUCGCCAGUUCCGACAGCAGAUCAGCUCUCCCCGAAGGCAGAUACUAUCGAUUUUUCGCAAAAACCAGAUGAUGGCGGUGAGAAGGAACCAGCCGCUCAAAUUUCUCCACAAUUGAGCACAGAUGAUAAAGAUGAAAAAUCAUCUGCCAAAAUUGAAGACAUUUCACCAAAGGUCCCAGGGGACGCACAAUCUGACGGAAUAGAAGAGGGUGUAUCGGAAGUACGUACGGUGAGAGCAGAAAGAGUGGAAACAAAAACAGAAAACAUCGAGUCAUCGAAAGAAAUUUCGAAACUUUCAACCUCAUCUGUUACAGAAGUGUCACACGAAGCAACUGUAAUUGAAGGGAUAUGUGACGUUAUGGAUGUCGGAGAGGUUCAAACUGUUCCCAAGUCCUAUGAAUCUCCUUCCCAGUCACCCACGUCUCCUGUUACGAAGCAAACAGAUUCAGAGAAAUCUUCAUUCCAAGCGGCUGACAAAAGCACAAAAGAACCAACUGAUGAAAGAUCACGGCCGAAAGACGAUAAAGAGGUCAUUGAAGAAUCAGAUGCGAAAUUGAAAGAAGAAUUAACCAAACCUAAAGAUGAGAGACAACCUGAACCCCCGAAGCAGGUUACACCUAAAUCCGCGGAAGAGACAUAUUCAGAGGAAAAAAUGUUGAUGGACACUGACAUAAAAGAAAAACCUAAGGAUGACAAAGAGGUUGGCGAGGAAGAAAACGAGUUUUCUGAGGUCUCUAAGCCUGCGAGGAAAGUUAGCACAGAAGCAACUGAAAUUAGGUCCGAAAUCAUAUCGUCUGAAAUUACUUCGAUUACUGUAUCAAAAACAAUCGAAGAAACGUCCGAAGUUACCGAAUCCCAUGACGUAGCUAGCAGUGCAUCAAUCAUUACUCCUAAAUCAGACAAAUCGCCGUCAUCGAUCUCGCCCAAAUCCAUAGUUGAUGAACCUGAGGUACCGGCUAAGGCUUCACCUAAACAGGAUGAAAGCGUUUCACCAAGAGGCUCACCCGAAAAAUCCGAUCAACUGGACAUGCAGUCUGAUGUAGUAUCGUCGAAACCCAGCGAAGAAACGAAGUCACAAGUUCCGACAGAUCAGCUUUCCCCGACGGUAGAUACUAUCGAUUUUGAGCCAAAACCUGAUGAGGGCGUUAAAAAGGAACCAGCCGUUCAAAUUUCUCCUCAAUUGAGCACAGAAAAUCAAGAUGAAAAUUCAUCUACCAAAAUUGAAGACAUUUCACCAGUGGUCCCGGGGGACACACAAUCAGACGAAAUUGAAGAGGGUGUAUCGGAAGUACGUACGGUGAGAGCAGAAAGAGUGGAAACAAUAACAGAAAUCAUCGAGUCAUCGCAAGAAAUUUCGAAACGUUCAACCGCAUCUGUGACUGAAGUAUCACACGAUGACAAGGUAAUUGAAGAAAAAUGUGAAGUUCUCGAUUUUGGAGAUGUUCAAACUGUUUCUAAAUCCUAUGAAUCACCUACCGAGACACCCAAAUCUCCUGUUACGAAGCAAACAGAUUUAGCGAAGCCUUCAUUCCAAACGGAUGACGAAGGCAUAAAACCACCAAUUGAUGACAGAAGUCGACCCGAAGACGAUGAAGCAGACAUUGAAAAAUCAGAAACGAAAUUGAGAGAAGUAUUAACUAAACCUGAAGAUGAGAGAAAACCAGAACCCACGACGCAAGUUUCACCUGCCGAGUUUUCUAACGUCUCUAAGCCUGCAAGUAAAGUGCGCACAGACGCAACCGAAAUCAUAUCGUCUGAAAUUACGUCGGUCAUUGUGUCAAAAACAAUCGAAGAAACGUCCGAAGUUACCGAAUCCUAUGUAGUUUCCGAUGCAUCAAUGAUUACUCCUAAAUCAGAACAAUCGCCGUCAUCAAUUUCACCUAGAUCCACAGUUGAUGAACCUGAGGUAACAACUAAAGCUUCACAAAAACAGGAUGAAAACGUUUCUCCUAGAGACUCGUCUGAAAAAUCAGAUCAAUUGGAAAUGCAAUCUGAUGUAGGAUCUGCGAAGCCCACCGAAGAAACAAAGUCACCAGUUCCGACAGCAGAUCAGUUUUCCCCGGAGGUAGAUUCCAUCCAUUUCUCGCCAAAACCAGAUGAGGGCAGCGAGGAGGAACCAGCCGCUCAAUUUUCUCCACAAUUGAGUACGGAGGAUAAAGAUGAAAAAUCAUCUCCCAAGAUUAAAGACAUCUCAGGAGUGCCGCCAGAAGACAUUAAGUCCGACGAAAUUGAACAUGGUGUGUCGGAAAUAUGUACGGUGAAAGCAGGAAGAUUAGAAACAUCUACCGAAAUAUUCGAGUUAUCGAAGGAAAUUUCGAAACGUUCAUUCACAUCUGUGACGGAAGUAUCGCUUGAUGCCUCGGUAAUAAAAGAUAGGAGUAAAACUCUCACUGUUGGAGAUGAAGAACAAACUUUUCUCACAUCCUACGAAUCACAUUCCGUGUCACCCAAAUCUCCUAUUACGAAGCCAGCAGAUUCUGAGAAACCUUCAUUCGAGCCGGAUGACAGAGACAACAAAGAACCAACUGAUGAAAGAUCUCGACCCACAGACGAUGAAACGGUCAUGGAAGAAUUAGAUACGAAAUUGGGAGAAGUAUCACCCAAGCCUGAAGGAGAGAGAAAACCUGAACUCACGAAGCAGAUUUCAUCUAAAUCCGGGGAAGAACCAUGUUUGGAGGAAAAAAUAUUGAAAAACAAGGACACAAGAGAAAAACCUCAGGAUGACGAUGAGGUUGGCGAGGAAGAUCACGAGUUUUAUGAGAUCUCUAAGCCAGUAAGUAAAGUGACUGCAGGCGCAACCGAAAUCAUAUCGUCUGAAAGUACUUCGUUCACUGUAUCGGAAACAAUCGAUGAAACGGCUGAAGUUACCGAAUCUCAUGUCGUAGUUACCGAUUCAUCAGUGAUUACUACUGAAUCAGACAAGUCACCGGCAUCAAUUUCGCCUAAAUCCUUAGUUGGUGAACCUGAGGUAGCCGCAAAAUCUUCUCCAAAACAGGAUGAAAUCGUUUCACCGAGAGACGCAUCUGAAAAAUCGGAUACACUCGACAAGCAAUCUGAUGUAGUAGCUCCGAAGCGUAGCGAAGAAACUAAGACAGCAGUUCCGACAGCAGAUCAACUUUCCCCAAAAGUAGAUUCUAUCCCACUCUCGCCAAAAUCAGAUGAGGGCGGUGAAACAGAUCCGGCCGCUCAGCUUUCUCCAAAAUUGAGUACAGAAGAUAAAGAUGAAAAAUCAUCUCUCAAAAUUAAAGACAUCUCACCAGUGGUUCCCGAAGACAUACAAUCCCACGAAAUUGAUGAAGAUGUAUCGGAAAUAAGAACGGUGAAAGCCGAAAGAUUGGAAACAACCACCAAAAUCGCCGAGUCCUCGCAAGAAAUUUCGAAACGUACAACUACAUCUGAAACGGGGGUAUCCCACGAUGUCACGAUAAUUGAAGAAGAACAUAGCGUUAUCACUAUAGGAGAUGUACAAGCUAUUCAUGAAGCCUAUGAAUCAACUACCGAGUCACCCAAAUUUCCUGUUACGAAGCAAACAGAUUCAGAGAAGCCUUCAUUCCAGACGGAUGACGAAAGCACAAAACAAUCAAUUAAUGAAAUAUCUCGAACCGAAGACGAUGAAGCGAUCCUUGAAGAAUCAGAUACGAAAUUGAGAGAAGUAUUACACAAACCUGAAGAAGAUAGAAAACCUGAACCCACAAAGCAGGUUUCACCUAAAUUGGAGGAAGAACCGUAUUCAGAGGAAAAAAUAUUGCAAGACACUGACACAAAAGAAAAACCUCAGGAUGACAAAGAAGUAAUCGAGGAAGAUAACGGGUUUUUGGAGGUCUCUAAGCAAAUAAGUGAAGUGAGCACAGAAGCAACCGAAAUCCAAUCCGAAACCAUAUCGUCUGAUAUUACUUCGGUCGCUGUAUCAAAAACUAUCGAAGAAACGUCUGAAGUUACCGAAUCCCAUGUCGUAGUUACCGAUGUAUCAAUGAUUACCCAUAAAUCAGACAAGUUACCGUCAUCAAUUUCGCCAAAAUCCAUAGUUGAUGAACCGGAGGUAACCGCUCAAGCUUCACCAAAACAGGAUGAAAGCGUUUCACCAAGCGACUCGUCUGAAAAAUCAGAUCAACUGGACAUGCAAUCUGAUGUAGUAUCGACGAAACCCAGCGACGAAACGAAGUCACCAAUUCCGACAGAAGAUCAGCGUUCCCCGAAGGUAGAUACUAUCCGUAUCUCGCCAAAACCAUAUGAGGGCGGUGAAACAGAACCGGCCGCUCUGAUUUCUCCACAAUUUAGUACAGAAGAUGUAGAAGAAAAAUCAUCUCGCAAAAUUAGAGACAUCUCAUCAGUGCUUUCCGAAGACAUACAAUCCGACGAAAUUGAUGAGGAUGUAUUGGAAAUAAGAACGGUGAGAGCAGAAAAACUAGAAACAACUACCAAAAUCAUCGAGUCAUCGAAAACAAUUUCGAAACGUUCAACCACAUCUGAGACGGACAUUCUCAAUGUUGGAGAUAUACAAACUAUUCUCAAAUCCCCUGAAUCACCUUCCGAGUCGCCUAAAUCUCCAAUUACGAAACCAACUGAUUCAGAAAAACCUUCAUUCCAGCCGGAUGACAAAGGCACAAAAGAACCAACUGAUGUAAGAUCUCGACCCGCAGCGGUCAUUGCAGAAUCAGACACGAAAUUGGGAGAAGUAUCACCCAAACGUGAAGAAGAGAGUAAACCUGAACUUACGAAGCAGCUUUCACCUAAAUCCGUGAGAGAACCAUAUUCGGAAGAAAAAAUAUUGAAAGACACUGACACAAGAGAAAAAUCACAGGAUUACGAUGAGGUUGGCGAGGAAGAUUACGAAUUUCCUGGGAUCUCUAAGCCAGUAAGUAAAGUGACCACAGACGCAACUGAGAUCAUAUCGUCUGAAAUUACUUCGGUCACGGUAUCAAAAAUAAUAGAAGAAACCUCCGAAAUUACCAAAUCUCUUGUCGCAGUUGCCGGGACAUCAAUGAUUACUCCUAAAUCAGACAAGUCACCGUCUUCAUUUUCGCCUAAAUCCUUAGUUGAUGAACCUGAGGUAGCCGAAAAAUCUUCACCAAAACAGGGUGCAAGCGUUUCACUAAGAGACUCAUCUGAAAAUUCAGAUCAAGUGGAAAUGCAAUCUGACGUAGUGUCUCCGAAACCUAACGAAGUAAUAAGGUCACCAGUUUCGACAGCAUAUCAACUUUCCCCGAAGGUAGAUUCUAUCCAGGUUUCGCCAAAACCAGAUGAGGGCGGUGAAACGGAACCGACCGCUCAGAUAUCUCCGCAAUUGAGUGCAGAAGAUAAAGAUGAAAAAUCAUCUCCCAAAUUAAAAGGAAUUUUACCAGUGGUUCCCGGGGACAUACAAACCGACGAAAUCGAUGAUGUAUUGGAAGUACGUACAGCGAGAGCAGACAGAUUGGAAACAGCUAUUGACAGGAUCGAGUCAUCGAAAGAAAUUUCGAAACGUUCAACCGCAUAUGUGACGGAAGUAUCACACGAUUUCACGGUAAUUGAAGAAAAAAGUGACGCUCUCAAUGUUGGAGAUGUACAAACUAUUUACAAGCCAUAUGAAUCACCUUCUGAGACGCCCACAGAUGCACCCUUAACAACAAAAUCUGACAAGUCACCCCCAGUUUGCCGAAAAUCUUUAGAUGAAGAAGAUAAGGUAUCAAGAGUGCCGUCACCGAAGCCUAUGAUCUGUGUUUCACCUGAAGAUUCGUCCAAAAAAUCUGAACACCUUGAUCAUCACCCUGCUGGAGUGUCUUCAAGGCAUAUCGAAGACACUAAGUCACCAAUUCCUGUAACAGAUGACCACUCUCCGAAAACGGAUUUCGUUAUAUCACAUAAAAUGGAACCACCUUCGUCAUUUUCAUCUAAAUGUGAGGAAACGGAUGAAAGUAAUGUAUCACAUACAGACGUACAUACCACAGACCUACCAGAACUCAUGAGGCUAGUUGAACUCGAAAAGCAAGUGAUCGCAACACAUUCGAAGAAAAUAAACUCGGUUGCCGAGAUUGACAUGGAAGUAGGUAAUUCCGAGAAAUCUCAAGUGAAUAGCUCUUUGUAUCCAAAGGAAGACAUGCAAGAAAGCGAAGAUCUGAACUCCACAACUGGACAGAAGGAAACAACGGUGUCAGAAAAAACUGGGUCAAUAUUCUCUGCUCUGAAAGUGGAUGUAACAAUAUCUCCAUCCAAAUUUCUCUCACAAUUUGAGCCAAAGGUUCAAGGUGAAUCUAAGGGUAGUGAUUUAUUGAUGAUUGAUGAACGAUUUGCUGCAGAAACGGCGCUCGAUUCAUCUGCUGAAGGGAAUGAUGAUGUGGAAGUACCCACAGCAAAACAUAAAAUCACUUCUACCCUGUCUAAAAAACCGUCAACAUCCGGGGACAUAGCACAACCUGUUUUCGCGGUGUUGCAAGCUCAAAAAGCGGAAUUUGUCCAUGUAUCAGCUGAUACUACACCUGGUUCUACUCCGAUGUCUCCAAAAUCGACUUUGUCACAGUCCAUAAUAUUAGACAAAGAGCUAACCGAGUGUAAAUCUGAUGAAGAAAAGGAAAGUCAAGAUGUUAAAGAAGUAUCGUUUGUUAUUAAAACGUCAACGACUUCUCAAUUGGAUGAUAUCAUGUCAUCUUCUAUGUAUGGAGAUGAUUUUGCCAGUUAUGGUUUAUUGGAAUCACAAGAUACAUCAACAAUCAAGACGUCCAGCACAGAAGUGAAAGAAGAUAUUAUGUCUACCUCUAUGUAUGGGCAACUUUUAGGAGACGAGAUAUCUACGGAAGAAACGCAUUCAGAGCAAGGGAUCAAAGCUGAGGCAAAUCAAUUUGAGUUAGUGGAAGAGAUUAUUGAUAGUGGAAGACCACGGUCUCCUAAAAUCGUUAGUGCGCCAACUGAAAGUGUGACAUUAAUUACGGACAAAAGUGGAUCUACUGAGUCAUUCAAGCUUCAAAUUGAGCUUGGAGAUUUUCCAAAAGAUGAAAGUAGGGUACAUACUUCACGAAGUGAUGUCUCAGAGAAGGACUCUGCAUUUGAUGAUAGAGAUAAAGCCUUCAGUUUAGAAAGUCAAGGUUUGUCUCCAUUAACUGAGGACACUCGUACCUAUGUAAAGAGUGAGACAUCUAUUCGAGAAUGCACUGUCACCAGUCAAAAAAUCGAUUCUGUGAAACGUCAAGAGUUAUCUUUUGAAUCACCUCAAGAGUUGACAAGUUCUUCGAGAGAGUCCUUGUCAUAUUCGAAUGUCACCCCGUCAUUUGAUGCUUCAGCAACUCCGUCCAGCUCAGAUGUCUCCAGUGACGAAGGAAAAGAAAAUUCACUUUCAGAAAGAUACAAGAGGAAGAAGUUAGCCAAACAUAGUGAGGAGAAAAAGUCUGUGAGAAAAAUCGAGCAUGCUAUGUCAGUUCCCUCUGAAAUGUUGUCCUCAGUGCGACCAAAAACUGGCAGCCUCAGUAGUAGAUACAUCACGACAUCUGGAACAAACCUUCAAACAACAGGUUUCUCGUCUGAAUUCGACGAUAACUUUGAAAAUAUCUCUCACAAAACAACUACCACUAAAACGGUUAGAUACACUCCAACAGUUGUAACAAAAGUUUCAACCGUCAGAAGGAGAAUUUCCGACAAAGAUGAAUCUACUUCGUUGGGCUAUUCACAGAGUCAGCAGCAUCACGAGGAAAUAUCCAUGAGAGAAACUUCUCAUCGCGACAUUUCAUUAGAAAUUCAUUCGCAAGAGAAGCAGCGAGACCUUGUUUGUGAUAUGAAAAUUGCGCAGAUAUCUGGUUGCAUUGAAGAUGGAUCGCAGAUGGAACAAAUUCCAGAUCCUCUUCCUGUUCAAGGAUGCAUCGAAGACGAUCUGACAUCACUUUCCAAUGUCCAUGUGUUGGAGUCAAUCUCGCUAAGAACAACUAGAGGUGCAAUAGAAAAAUUUGAAACAUCCAAAUCCCCGGAUGAAGCUCUAGAAGCAAAACUGAUGUCAGAAGUUUUCGACAGUAGAGCAGCAGAAAAAGUUGCUGUUCUGUCUGAGAAACAAAUAUCUUCCGAGGUAUCGGGAAUUAGUACUAAAAGUAGUAAUUUAGCAGAUACUAUGCAGUCUACUCAACAAAAAUCAAUGCAUUCACAAGAAAUACUUGAAAAGUCUGCCCAGAAGUCGCAAAUUAGUUCAACUGAGUCACAUGAGAGCGAGUCUGGCAAAACCGUUUUACAGAAAAAGUCAUCCAGUGGUUCAACUGAUACUCCAGUGACAGGCAGCCCGAGAACUGGUCGAGUUGUCGUUCGUAGGGUGACGACGGUUAUAACCAAGUAUUACGAAGAUGGUGAAGAAGUAGAAAUGGAAGAAGUACCUGGAAGUGAAACUGUUGAAGUGCUUGGAGACCAAGAAAUAAGUGCGGGGCUCCUGCGAAAAAUUUCUUCCUCAACUUCGUCCCCAGUAGCUACUCGCAAGAAAACAGAUUCACCAUCUCAUGGUAAAUCAUUUGUUGAACGUACUGUUUCAGAACCAUGGGCUGCUGAAAAACCUUCUGUCGAAUCUGGAGAUUCAUGUUUCGUAACCCGUUCCAUCCAAUCGAUUAUUAGAGAAGGAGAUACUGAGAAAACUUCAACAGACGGCAAUGUGGUGACAACAGCCACCACGAAGGUUCUACCUGGUACCUCAUAUCCAGCUUCACUCGAGACUUCAAGAGCUGAGCUUCCUCAAACUGAAGAUCGUUCGACUAUUAAAACGAGCCAUUCGACUACUUCUUCUAGCACGAGUAGGUCAUCUAAGGAACAAUCAGUGGUCAAAUCUUCCAGCACUGUGGCAUCCAGUUUUUCGUCUUCUACAAGUGAAAAUGACCCGAAAUCUGUCUUGAAAGACUGGGGUAAACCUCUAGGACUGCCUUCACCCGUCCAUUCGUCAGAAAGUCCUAAGCCUAGGACACCUCCACGACCUCGAAGAACCGGUCGAAGGAUAAAGCGUCCGACUCCAGUUUACCUUGACUUAGCUUAUGUACCUCAUGCUGCAAACCCCAAUUACUGUAACAUCGAUUAUUUCCGUAAAGUUAGAGCGAGAUAUUAUGUCUUCUCUGGAAUUGAUCCAGGAAGAGAAGUACUUGAUGCUCUGCUCCAAGCCAAGAUUGAGUGGGAGGAUAAAAAUCUUGAAGUAACGAUCAUUCCCACGUAUGACACGGAUGCUCUUGGCUACUGGGUUGCAGCGAACGAAGACGCUCUCAUCGCAAACAAAAUCGAUCUGGCACCUUCAGCUGUCCGAUGUACCAUCAACCUUCAGGACCAUGAAACUUCCUGCAAUGCAUACAGACUGGAAUUUUAAGGAACUAGACGGUCUCACGGAAAGUAAAUCAUCUGCCCUCAUCAGAGCACUAGUUUCACACACAACGUCGCUAAUGGCAGGGUGUGUUGUCGGUUAAUCCCAGACCAGCAGACAACAAUUCUUUUGAUAUAAUAACCUAUUAUCCAACUCUAAUGGCCUUUAAUACUCUAUAUGUUCAUAAAAAGAAAGAAAAAGAAAUUAUUCAUAAAAAUUUGAGAA